AUGGAAAAUAGCACCCUCUCUUGGUACGCCACAAGGCCCAAAGGUUGUAUAGCGCCCUACAUCAUCUUCAAGCAGCAGUUCGGGGUUAACGUGAAAGGGGAGAAGCAGACGAAUUACUACCGGGAGAUCAGCGCCUCCAUAGCAACCGGAAUCCUGCUGGCAGCUUUGCAUAAUGCCGGCCUGGUAACGGUCACUACCACCCCAAUGAUGAACGCUGGGCCCCGCCUGCGCACUCUGUUAGAGAGACCAAUCAGCGAAAAGGUGUUGGUUCUGCUCCCCGUAGGACACCCAGAGGAUGGUGCCAUGGUGCCUGACUUGCAACCCAAAGCUCUCCAGGAAAUCAUGGUUCUAAAGUAGCCUACUGUAUAUAAUAGGACUUUGGAAGUCUAUCAGAUCAGAGAAGUCCUGUAACCUCUUGAUUAUUA